AUGUCGGUAGAGAUAAAAGGUCGAAAUGACAGCUGUUCGGCAAUUCGACAUAAGACGAAUUCGCAUGCGAAAGCGCUGGCCGUGUACGACAAGUCGUCGCAGUUGAUCGAAUGCACGAGUCUGUUUCAAGGUCGGUGUCGCUUGCGAAACUUGCACAACAUCACUGACGUACAGGUCGAGUCACCCGAACCUAUGUUGGCAAACGAUGCGACAUCAUCAGCAGUAGUUUUUGUCGGUACCGGACCGUCUGGUGAUCCGGUACUAUACGUAGGGACAACAUUUGUCAGAGGGCCGUUGUUUCGUGACGACAUCCCAGCUGUGACAUCUCUUCGUUUGUCGCGUGGACGCGAUGGCGAUGCGAAAGAGUUCGAACUGGCUGAUAAAGGACUUGCAACCGGCACGGAAAUCAGCCUAGAACGGAAGUUUCGGAGUAGUUACAGGAUUGACUACGUUGGAGGAUUCGAAUCGGGAAAAUAUGCGUAUUUUGCGACCAGGCAGGGUAAGACCUUAGGAGAGGAUGCACCGAUUCAGUCACGUCUUGUUCGUGUCUGUACUGGAGAUUCACAUUUCUACAGUUAUACAGAGGUGAUGUUGGAAUGUAUGAAAGAUGACACGGAUUAUAACUUGAUACAAGACGUAUACGUAGCGACAGCCGGUUACAAUCUUGCGAAAUCGUUGGGAAUAAGCGAAGGAGACGAAGUACUGUACGCCGUUUUUGUCGCAGACGAUGUAACAUCCUUCCAACGGAAUUUUCCCACUCGUCGCUCCGCUGUUUGUAUAUAUCCGAUCCAGAAACAUGUUGAAAAGAAGUUUGAAGAGAACAUCAUGGAUUGCUAUAAAGGGCUGUACACAAAGCAACUGCCAUGGUUCAAGUCGACGGCUAAAUGCAAGACAACGCAUUUGUCAUGGAAAGAUGUGGAAUGUGGUCAAGAUGUAAACACGAAUAUCGCGUUUUCUUUUUAUGAAUGCCUGUGCCCGCUUUUCAUUGUUCUCGAACACAUCGUUUGUGAUCGCGAACGGUCGUUUGGGAAACGUAAGGUUGUCGGUGGAGGAAAACCAAUCUCUGCUGAACCGGUGCUGACUGUGAAUGAUGCACGUUUCACGGCGAUAGCUGUGAAUACCACAAGAGGGUCGACGGUAGCAUUCAUUGGCACUGAUGACGGAAGAAUAUUCAAGGUGGUCAAGAUGCGGACAUCAAAUUGUGGUGAAGGAGCGGCGACGUGUGUUUCAUGCCUGGCAAAGCGGGACCCGUUUUGUGGUUGGUGUGUGAAGAACAGCAUAUGUACCGAAGAGGACACUUGCGAGCGAGUUUUGCCGAAGACGAGCAGCGGCUGGCUGGAUUUCCAAAACAAUCGCUGUCCAAACAUCCGUGGAGUGGUACCGGAUAAGAUCCAGAUUACUACGGCCGACUUCCUCAAUGUAAGUCUGGAGAACAUGGGUGACACCAAAGGACGAUUACAGUGUUCUUUUCGGUUUUCUGAUGGGAAAGUUGUGAACAGUGAGCCAGCUAAGCAGGAUCCACAUGAUGGAACGUUGCGAUGUGCCACUCCACCAAUAAACCGUUUGCCAAUGAUUCCUCCGAACGAGUCACACCAUCGGGCUAUCUUAAGCAUCGUUGCCGAAGGUCGCAUCACUCCGAUAGCUUCCACGAAUUUUUCGUUCUACGAUUGUAAUAGGUAUACGACCUGUUCAACGUGUGCCAAAAGCGAGUUUCCCUGUGACUGGUGCUUGGAAUCGAAUGAAUGUGUGGCUGGAAAACUAACGGAAGAUAAAUGUCGGAAGCAGCAUAUCGUGAACGGAUUGAAUCGGGAAGGUCAUUCACGCCGAAAAGGUCCGCAAAAGUGCCCUCACAUCGUGGCACCCCAGACAAAGCUUUAUGUGGCUGCUGGUGAGAGACGGAACAUCUCGGUGAAGAUGCAAAACCUUGACCCGAUAUUCAUGACAGAUUUCCGAUGUCAGUUUCGUGUAGGAAACAUUGAACAUGAGAAGUCGGCGGUGAAGACAUUUGAUGAUAAUAUCAUAUGCGAUGAAAUGCAAUUUGAUCACUAUGGUAUUGGCCUAUCAGGUGGAACGUCACCGGUUGAAUUCAAUGUUGUAUGGUCGUCUGGUGGUUCGACGAAAAGGCACACAUUGGAUAACGUCGGCGGAGUGGCAGUGGAGGUAUACAAAUGCGAAGCAUUGGCAUCGAACUGUGGAGCAUGUCUGACGUUGGACACGACGAAAUACGAAUGUGGCUGGUGCGUGACGGAUUCUCGAUGUGUUCGACCGAUGGCAUGUUCAGCGAAGUCACCACAGGACUGGUUAAACAGUACCCAGCUUUGUUCGAAUCCCACCAUUGAAGAUUUUAGCCCGAGAAAAGGACCAGUUGGAGGAAAAACUAAGUUACGAAUCGUCGGAACAAACCUCGGACGCCGAUAUCAGGACGUAUCUGGCGCAGUGAUCGUUGCCAAUGUACAAUGUGCAGUGAUCCCAUCAGAAUAUCAUCCAGCAACAGAAAUCGUUUGUGAGACCGGCAAGGCACAGGUCAAAAACAGCAAGGGUCCGAUUGUG